CCACAGAAGGGCUGUGGCAGAAGAAGGGCUCAGAGCAGACUCUACCACUCAGAUCACCAUGUACAGCUUCAUGGGUGGUGGCCUCUUCUGUGCCUGGGUGGGAACCAUCCUGUUAGUGGUGGCUGCAGCCACAGAUCACUGGAUGCAGUACUGGCUGUCCGGAUCCUUCGCCCACCAGGGGCUGUGGUGGUACUGCCUGGGUAACAAGUGCUUCCUGCAGACGGAGAGCAUCGCAUACUGGAAUGCCACCCGGGCCUUCAUGAUCCUGUCUGCCUUGUGUGCCACCUCGGGCAUCAUCAUGGGUGUCCUGGCCUUCGCUCAGCAGUCCACCUUCACCUGCCUCUCCAGGCCCUUCUCUGCUGGCAUCCUGUUUUUUGUCUCCACUCUGUUUGCCCCGCUGGCCCUGGCCAUUUACACUGGCGUCACAGUCAGCUUCCUCGGCCGCUGCUUUGGGGACUGGCGCUUUUCCUGGUCUUUCAUCCUGGGCUGCGUAGCCCUGCUCAUGACCUUCUUUGCAGGAAUCUUCUACAUGUGUGCCUACCAGAUGCACGAGUCCCGGCACCUCUCCACCCCAUGCUGAGGCCUGGGGUCAAACUUGCCACCAGGAGUUAGAAUGAUGGCACAGAAGAAGGAAAGGGUCUAGAGGCGGGAAGUCCUGGCUCCUAGGGGCAUGAGGGGGCUCAGUCCUACACUCUGGAUGGGAGCCCCUGAUCCCUCUGUCCUGCAGGGAAGGAGGAAGAGUUAGGGCCAAGUGGGAGCUGAGAUGCUCCAAAGCCCCAGCUGUCCCAGGGGUGUUAGAGAAAUGGAAACUCUAUAGAGUGACAUUUGGGCAUGUAAUAAAAGUGAUGUGAAACU